AUGUCUGCCAAAUUGUGAGUUUGAAAAAAAUUUUUUUUGUACUCCUCAGAACUGAAGCUUAUACAAAAUCAUCCAAAAUUAACUAUUUAGCUUCAAUUUUUUUUUUCUAGAAUCCUUUUUUAGAGUUUUGAAUCGUUUAGAAACACCAGGUUCAACCAAAAUGAAGUGGAUCGCACUAAAAGUUCUUUUGGAGUUCAGCUAUGCUCCUUUAAAUGAUUAAGGAAGCUUUUUGGAUCAGGGAGUUGAAAUUGUAAAAUUGUGAAAUCAUGUCACAACGGCCUUCUGUGAUUCAAAGGCGCAGGACCUUUUUCGCGUCAAAAUUUUUAUUCUAUUUCUUUUUUGAAGCUAGCUUCUACUUUUUCAAUCUCAAUCUCAUAUCAAAAUAACCCUCCAAAACCAAAAAUCUCCAAAAAAUAACUUCAAAAUUCCAGCGCCGCCCUCAUCGCCCUCCUGGUCAUCUGUGCCAUCGUCAGCGAGACCUCCGCCCAGUACUACGGUAGCUAUUACGGUAGCUACUACCCGUCCUACUACGGUAGCUACGGAUACGGUGGCUACGGCUACGGCGGAUACGGAUACAGCGGAUACCCCUACUACGGUUACGGCUAUGGCAAGCGCGAGGCCGGUUUCGGUCCGUCGCAGACCCAACAGAACUGA